UGGACCACAGCGGCGGGCACGGCCAUCGCGGGCGCAGAGCCGCCCAGUCCCGCCCCUCCACCCUUCGGGGCGCCUCCGCCCAGGACGCUUCCCCCUCGUCUCCCCGCGAAGCCACCCAUUAGGUCUGCGCUCUCGCCGCCUUCGGGGUGCGCUCGUGGGAAGGCGCCGUAGCGGCUGAGCGCUCGUGACAACCCCAUGGGGGCGCUCGCGCGCACACCCCACCCUCGGCCAUGGCCAACCGGCCUGACUGGCCCUGUGCCCUGGAUGUGGCAAGUCUAGUGACUGACCAUCCUCUUUCCCAAGAACGCUAACACAGAAGCUGUCUUCUGAGGCUCUGGAUGACUUUAUUCAAGUGGCGUUACACUUCCAGUAGCUCCAGUGACCCUCCAUUCCUCAGAUCCAGGAAAAUGUGACGCGCUACAGGUGAUCAACUUCUAGAUCACCACUUUCUAACCAGUGACUCUAAUGGAAGAUCCAGGGGGAGCAGAGGUAGCCAUCAGGAAGAUGUCAAAAGAAAUAACAGACCAAAAAGGGGCUGGGCGAAAGGAGGCCUGCAGAAACCAGAUCAAAGGCUCAGACAAAGAGGAACCUCCAGCUGCCCCAUCCCAUGGCCAGGCAUAUCGUCAGUGUGGAAAACCAGCUAGGAACUCAAAGCCUGAGCCUGGGGCCAGACCCUCCGCUGUCCCUGUCAUGAUCAAUGACCCACCAGUGCCAGCUUUACUGUGGGCCCAGGAAGUGGGCCACAUCUUGGCAGGUCGUGCCCGCAGGCUGCUGCUGCAGUUUGGGGUGCUCUUCUGCACCGUCCUCCUCCUGCUUUGGGUGUCAGUGUUCCUCUAUGGCUCCUUCUACUAUUCCUACAUGCCGACUGUCAGCCACCUCAGCCCUGUGCAUUUCUACUACAGGACAGACUGUGAUUCCUCCACCACCUCACUCUGCUCCUUCCCUGUUGCCAAUGUCUCACUGGCUAAAAGUGGACGUGAUCGGGUGCUGAUGUAUGGGCAGCCAUAUCGCGUCACCUUAGAGCUUGAACUGCCAGAAUCACCCGUGAAUCAAAAUUUGGGUAUGUUCUUAGUCACUGUUUCAUGCUACACCAGAGGUGGCCGAGUCAUCUCUACUUCUUCCCGCUCAGUGAUGCUGCAUUACCGCUCCCAGCUCCUCCAGAUGCUUGACACGCUGGUUUUCUCCAGCCUCCUGCUGUUUGGCUUUGCUGAGCAGAAGCAGCUCCUGGAGGUGGAGCUCUACGCAGACUACAGAGAGAAUUCGUAUGUGCCAACAACUGGAGCAAUUAUUGAGGUCCACAGCAAGCGCAUCCAGAUGUAUGGAGCUUACCUCCGCAUCCAUGCCCACUUCACUGGGCUCAGGUACCUGCUGUACAACUUCCCCAUGACCUGCGCCUUUGUGGGCAUCGCCAGCAACUUCACCUUUCUCAGCGUCAUUGUGCUCUUCAGCUAUAUGCAGUGGGUGUGCGGGGGCAUCUGGCCCCAACACCGUCUCUCCUUGCAGGUUAAUAUCCGGCAAAGGGAUGGUUCACAACAGGGUGCCCAGCGUAGGAUCUCUCGACAUCAGCCAGGACCUGAAGGCCAGGAGGAGUCUACACAGCAGUCAGAUGUGACAGAGGAUGCUGAGAGCCCUGAAGAUCCCUCAGGAAUAGAAGGCCAGCUGUCUGAGGAGGAAAAGCCAGACCGGCAGCCCCUGAAUGGAGAGGAGGAACUCGAACCGGAGGCCAGUGAUGGUUCAGGUUCCUGGGAAGAUGCAGCUCUACUAACAGAGGUCAACCUGUCUGCCCCAGCCUCUGCCUCUGCACUUGUCCCUGAGACUCUGGGUACCCUCAGGCAUCGCCCUACCUGCUCCAGCUCCUGAACUGAAGAGGGAAAUUCCUCACAUUCCAGCACUUGCCAUCUGACCCUUCUCCCCUUGCUGCUCCCUCAAUAAAUUAUUUUGUGCCAGCUGCUA